AGAGCAAGAGCGAGGAGGUUCCCUUCUUGUUGGCAUCAAACAGUUUGUUUUCAGACCCAUUGGUUUCCACUGAAAUUAUGGAGACUGAUCCUACCAAGACCGAUGAUCAGCAAUCUUCAAGCAAGAAGAAGGGUGGCCUCAGAACCAUGCCCUUCAUCAUAGUAAAUGAGACAUUUGAGAAGGUGGCGAGCCUUGGGCUUCAGGCAAAUAUGAUAUUGUACCUGAAAAAUGAAUAUCAUUUGAGUAAUGCAGCAGGGGCUAACGUGUUGUUUGUGUGGUCGGCUAUUUCAAAUUUAACGCCCAUUCUUGGUGCCUUCCUUUCCGAUUCUUAUUUGGGCCGCUUUCCUGUCAUCGCUCUCGCAAGUCUCCUUACUUUCAUGGGAAUGAGUACAUUGUUUCUAACAGCAGUUAUUCCAGAAGCAAGGCCUCCUUACUGCGACCGGACUGCAGGAAAUUUGCAAUCCGCAGUACCAGCGCAGCUUGCUCUUCUCUCUUUAUCGUUUGGUCUGAUAGCCUUCGGAGCUGGAGGUGUCAGACCCUGUUCUAUGGCAUUCGGAGCAGAUCAACUCGACAAGCCUGCAAACCCCAACAACGCCAGAAUCUUCCAGAGCUUCUUCAACUGGUACUUCGCUUCUCUUGGCGCCUCUGUAAUGAUUUCAGUCACUGUCAUAGUUUACAUCCAGGACAAAGCUGGUUGGGCUGUUGGAUUUGGGGUCCCUGUUGUGCUCAUGUUCUUGUCGGUCGCCAUGUUCUUACUGGGUUCUUCACUAUAUGUCAAAGUGAAGCCUAACAGGAGUUUAUUCACGGGAUUUGUCCAGGUCAUUUCCGCCGCCUGGAAGAACAGACACUUAGCUUUGCCUCCCACCAUUUCUGAUGGAAUAUGCUACUAUCGGGGAGACUCCAUUAAUCUUCUAGUGCCAUCAGACAAGCUCAGGUUUCUAAACAAAGCUUGCAUCAUUAAGAACCCUGAAAAGGACUUGGACGCAGAUGGGUUUGCUAUCAAUCAAUGGAGUCUGUGUUCGAUGAAACAAGUAGAGGAGUUAAAAGCACUAAUCAAAGUUCUUCCUAUUUGGUCAACUGGGAUAAUGAUCGCCGCAACCAUAAGUCAACACUCCUUUGCAGUUCUCCAAGCCACCACCAUGGACAGGCACUUGGUUGCCGGCUUCAAGAUUCCCGCUGGCUCCUUCUCUCUCUUUGCAACGAUCACGUUAACGAUCUGGUUAGCCAUCUACGACAGGAUCCUCGCCCCCUUCAUAUCAAAAUUCACGAAAAGGCCGCGAGCCAGCUUCAAACAACGCAUGGGAAUUGGCCUGCUCAUCUCCUGUCUCAGCACUUCAACGGCCGCACUGGUGGAGAAGAACCGCCGUGCCGCCGCACUCAAACAAGGAUUAGCAGACAAUCCCCUAGGCCUUGUCAACAUGUCGGCAAUGUGGCUAGUGCCCCAUAUUUGUCUCAUUGGGUUGGCAGAGGCUUUCAACGCAAUUGGACAAGUGGAAUUCUACUACUCUCAGUUUCCUAAAAGCAUGUCAAGCAUUGCAGUGACCCUUUUUUUAGUGAGUAUGGCUAUAGGCAAACUUGUGGGUAGCCUCAUUGUUGGGGUUAUAAAUCAUGUGACCCAUAACCCUAGUUGGGUAUCAAACAACCUUAAUCAGGGUCACUAUGACUAUUAUUAUUGGGUCCUCACAGUUUUGUCUGGGAUUAAUUUCUUCUAUUAUUUAAUAUGUAGUUGGGCUUACGGGCCUUGCGAAGGUGAAUAUAUUUAGGAUAAAGACAAAGCC